AUGAUUGGUUAUGGUUAUGAUUUAAAAGGCAAACUGAAUAUAUCAGUCGAUAUCGAUGGAGGGUUUGCGAAAACCAAGUAUCUACGAGUCUAUCUAAUUUCCCAGGAGAAGGUCGCGAAUCCAUUGUUCGAGAAACGACCAAAGCAAUUUGGAAUCGGUGGAGCUUUGCCUCCUAAGAAGGAUCUUCACAGAUUCGUAAGAUGGCCUCAAGUCGUCCGAAUUCAGAGAAAGAGGAGAAUCCUCAAGCAGCGUUUGAAGGUCCCACCAGCAUUGAACCAGUUUACCAAAACCCUUGACAAGAAUCUCGCAACGACUUUGUUCAAGAUGCUACUCAAGUACAGGCCGGAAGACAAAGCAGCCAAAAAGGAACGCCUGUUGAAGAGAGCUCAAGCUGAAUCAGAAGGAAAGACUGUUGAAGCUAAGAAACCCAUUGUUGUGAAGUAUGGUCUUAACCAUAUUACCUACCUUAUCGAGCAGAACAAGGCACAAUUGGUGAUCAUUGCCCAUGAUGUUGAUCCAAUUGAAUUGGUUGUCUGGCUUCCUGCACUCUGCAGAAAGAUGGAAAUCCCUUACUGCAUUGUAAAGGGGAAAUCUCGUUUAGGAACUGUAAGUUUUUCCCUUAUCAUACUUUUUACUUUUUUUUUUCUUCUCAUUUUCAGUUGUGAGUGACAAUUCUUUUUGUAU